AUGGGUAUGCGUCUGUAUUGGAUCAUAUUAUUGGCAAAACCAAUAGUAAAAGAAACGAAUCCAUCAGAGGAUAACAAGAACAGUGUGAAGACUAACGAAGAGAACAAACCAGAUCAAGGUUCAAAACAAACGGAUGAGCAGAAACCAAGGAAAAAAGUUAAAAGGAAAAAUAGUAUGUAUUGUUGUGCACAACCAAACUUUUCAGAACAAAGUAACAUCGAUGCUAAAGACUAA